AGCGCGAGCCCAGCCCCGGAGCAGCGGGUGAGUGAAGUGGGUGAGAGGAGCGGCCGCCGGCGGGAUGGUGCUCAUCAAGGAGUUUCGUGUCCUUCUGCCGAUCUCUGUGGAGGAGUACCAAGUGGGGCAGCUGUAUUCCGUGGCUGAGGCGAGCAAGAAUGAGACUGGCGGCGGGGAAGGGGUGGAGGUGCUGAAAAAUGAACCGUAUGAGAAGGACGGUGAGAAAGGGCAGUACACGCACAAGAUCUACCACCUACAGCACAAGGUGCCAACGUUCGUGCAGUUACUGGCUCCAGAGGGGGCGCUGAACGUGCAUGAGAAGGCGUGGAACGCUUACCCGUACUGCAAAACAGUCAUCACAAACGAGUACAUGAAGGAUGACUUCCUGAUUAAAAUUGAGACCUGGCACAAGCCUGACAUGGGGAGCACUGAAAACGUACACGGCCUGGAUCCCAACACCUGGAAAUCCACUGAAGUCAUUAAUUUAGACAUCGCUGAUCGGAGCCAGAUCCAUUCACGAGAUUACAAACACGAUGAGGACCCGGCAGUGUUCAAGUCUGUGAAGACCGGGCGUGGGCCGCUGGGCCCCAACUGGAAGAAAGAGCUGUUGAAGAAGACGGACUGUCCGCACAUGUGCGCCUACAAACUGGUGACGGUGAAGUUCAAGUGGUGGGGCUUUCAGAGUAAAGUGGAGAGCUUCAUCCAGAAGCAAGAGAAGCGUCUGUUCACCGUCUUCCACCGUCAACUCUUCUGCUGGAUCGACAAGUGGAUCAACCUGACCAUGGAGGACAUUCGCCGCAUGGAAGAUGAAACCAAGAAGGAGCUGGACCAGAUGAUCAUGAACGGUCCCGUGCGAGGCCUGACGGCUACAGAUGAGUAGAGCACGGUUUCCUAUUUAUGCUCUUCUUAAAGAAGACUUCCACUUGUGGCUCCGACGCUCUCCCGACAGCAAAACGACGCAAAAUGUCCUCGAGGAAAACUAACCAGAUCUUCGUUUUAAGACGAUUUUUUUUUAAAAAAAAAAAUAAAAUCUUCAGAUAUUUCUAGGAAUACUGAUUUGUUGUGAGCCGGCCCCCCGAGGAAUCUAAAACAAACAAACAAACAAACAAAAAAAAAAACACUAUGAAAUUUUAUCCCCGUGCAGAGAAAAAAAUAUAUUAAAUGUUAGAGUUUACUGCGUGACGUAACCGUUAAUAUGGCUGUGUGUUUGGAUCCAAAAACUAACUGGUUUCAAAUGUGGCGUUUUUACUCCAGUGAGUGACAGUAUUGUGCUGUUGUGGGUUUCCUUUCCUUCCGAACACUUGUCCCCUUUUGCCUUAUUAGUAAUUUAUUCAGUUCAAGUGCAAUAACUGCCCCCCCCCCCAACCCCCUGCUUCCCAUCCCCUUUGUGUGUCGACCUUCUCUUAAGGGACCCGAAGCGCUUGUGUUCCGCUGGUCCUUUCUGUUCUGUUUUCAAGAGCACGGGAGCAUCGGUGGAGGGACCGAAGGAAGCGAACAGUUACUGUGUCCUGCCCGCUGGGUGUGUCUGCGAGAGAGACAGAGAGAGAGAGAGAAAGAGAGAGAGAGGCAGAAACUGGAUGGUGUUGAGUUGCAAGUGGGAUUUUAGUCAAGUCGUCACGCCGCGGACUUUGACAUCAGUGGGGAGGGAGGAACUCCGCACAGGUCCACACUCACUCUCAGUGGCGUAGCGUUUUGAGAGCGCCCAGAAUUUGGCUCACCCUGAGUCUGCUGGGUUUCUUUUUUCUGUCCCAUCUAAGAGCCACGGGAAAAUGUAAAUGGGUGUUAAAAUUUAAUUCCAACAAUUCGGCCAAAUCGAGUCAUUGUGAACCUCUCUCUGCUUCGGGGGGAGGGCCCCCACGUCUCGUGUUGAAUGUGUCUGUUGGUUUGUUCAUCCGACCUGCUCUUGCUGUCCACCCGCUCGGUGCGGUCACCCGGUGAGGCUUUCACUGCUGUGAAGUCAUCACCGCUUCUGGUUUUUCAUUUCUCGAAAAAGAAAAGCAUCGCUUUAUUUUUUUAACUGUUCCGUCACUCCUGAAAUAAAAUGUCCGAUUGCACUGCA